AUGGAAGGUUUGGGGGACUUAAUUUGUCGGAACUGUAAGAUGGCAUUCCAUUCUACUGGACUCUUGGAUAAACACACGGCCAAAUUCUGCAUUGGCACAGACCUAAAAGAUCCAGUAGCUCUAUGGAGAGGUCAAAGGGGAUUCACUCAAAAAGAACAAGCAGCUGUGAAGACGGUGCAUCCUACAAGGACAAGGACACCUGAUUUAAUUAUUCUGAAGGAACAGAGAAAUCAUGAGAGCGAAAGUGCACAGGACAAUGUGUCAGAGAAUACUGCACUAAACAAACUCACUGAGGAGUUUCAAAAACUCAGGAUUUCAUUUGAACAAAACCUGCCCAGAAGACAGACAGAGGUGUCUGAGGAGCAGGCCUCACUCCAGCAGAGAGCUGAUGAGCACAGGGCUCUUCAUGAGCAGAGACUGGCUGAGAUCAGAGCAUGCAACCAUCAGCUGGAGAAGCAGAGAGAGGAAAUAGAAGAGCGGCUUGCCGAGCUGGCAGGACGGGAGAGGACGGCUCAUCUCGAGGAAGUGCUGCGAGAACUGAGGAAUCAGGAACAGAGGAACGAGGAGGUGCUGCAGCAGCUCAGCUCUCACAUCAACUCAAUGAAAGGGCCUAAUCCAAUUGAAGUCCCCUCUAACCCACCAGAGGAAAAGAAGACACAACAUAUUACUUUUGACUUGAUCUCUUCUGUGGCUGGACCUCUCUCUGCUCAGAUAAGAGCUUUGCGUCUGGCAUACAUGCAGUCCGGUGGUUCUGAUCCAGAGGUUCUGGCCCAUAUGCAUGACCUUCAAGCAGAGGCUCUUACACUGGAGCAGGCAAAACAUAGAGCUCAAAGCAAGACAAAAGGAAGAAGGAUGAAGUUUCCUCACAGAGUGUUGGACCCUGAUGUUCUUGCUGUGGAGCAGGAGAACCAAAGUCUUGAGGAGGAAAUCUUCAGAAUCCAGCUGGCCAGGGAGAAGCACAGAGAGCAUGGUAUCUGGCUCAUUGAUAUCCGGAACGACCAUAUCCAUCAAAUGGCUAGCCUCCAUGCUGAGAUGGCCUUUUCAAGAAGAGAAAAAGAGAAGGACCGAGAGAGAAGACCACGCCAUCCUCAAGCUCCUCUAUCUGUUUUUCCUGGAUCUUCUAUGGCCGUAACACACCCUGAUCUGCCACUGCAUUCGCUGAUGGGUUCCCAUGUAACUGAUCCACUGGAAGCUCUUGGUCCUGCUCCUUAUGAUCCUGUGACUGGCUUUGUGAUCUUCUAUGACCUGGUGAUGGGUGUUGAAGCUACUUUGAGAUCAGUGCGUUUAUUGGCAGGGUUAUAUUUUAAUGGACAGAAGUUGGGACAGUCCACCCCAAUGCCACCUGUGCAGUGCCAACCUGCAGGACCAUUACUGUCCACCAAGAGUCCUGGAAACUAUGCUAUACUGGCUGUUAAGCAACCUGUGCCAAGAGUACAGCCAUCUCCAGAUCUCUCUUUGGUCGUAGAGAUCCAGACUUCUAAAAGUCUGGAUUUGUUCAACCAUGAAACUGAGGGCUUGGUGACUUGUGGCUGGGCUAAGCUUGAUCUCUUUGGCCAGCACAACCAGGUUCACAGCGGUCACUGGAGGCUUCCCUUCCGCUCUCUCCCAGUUCAAGCAUCCUUAAGUCCAGGUCAACUGAAUUCUGUGCCACAACUGGGUAACAUGGAACUUUGUCUUCGGGUAGCAAAUGCUCAUGAUGGAGAUGUACAGACCCUUGAAGAGAUUGACCCCAACCAAUACAAGUACAUUUCCAUGGUGGCCUCAAACCGAGAACCAUGUAACACAUUGCAGCCCUCAUCCAAUCCAUGACCUUCAUCACUGCCGCAGACAGAUCAACUGGAAAAGACCAGUUAAGGGCAAAUUGAGUAAU